GGCCAUAUGAUGAGAGCGCUUUGUCGUCCUGGCGCUAGCAAAUUUUCGAUCUGACGAUAGCCAAUACUCGAAGAUCCGAGGGGGAAGGGAUCACUGUUCUUGCAAACCCGGACCAGAUUGCUUAAGCGCUGAAACACAAUCGGGGAGAGAGAGAGAGAGGGGUUGCUCUCUCUUAUCCAUUGUUCUCCACGUGCAUGCAGGGAAAAAGUCUCGAGACAAUGAUGAGUGAAUGGGAACUGUGUUGUUUUCGAUGGCGUUUCCCUUGAUGGUUUCUCCAAACUUCUCGAUCCUUUGAAACUUGUUUGGUAUGAUACGAUUCGUGUCGUGCGCAGUGUAAACGCGUGACUGCAUUCCGGGUUGAGCUAGUUCUCUGUUCUUAAAAAGCCCCGUGUCUCGUUGAUCCAAGUUUCGAUCUUUUUACUGGAUUUUGAACUGUCGGUGGAUUUGGAUUGUGGGUUUUGAUGCUUGCAGGGGGGAAAUGGAGAUAUCCGUGUUGAGAGUUCUUCUCGGCAGUAUCUCGUCGUUUCUAAAUCUCUCAUCUUCCAGGCAUAUCGGUUUGGAUCCACUUGGGAAGUAUUACAAGAGAGUGGAGGACUUAUUGAGAGUGUUGAAGCCGGUAAUAGAUGUUGUUGUUAAUUCUGAUAUUGAUCUUGAGGAUAAACUUGUUAAGGAAUUCGAAGAAUUGGCUAGAGAUGUUGAUCAAUCGAGGGAGCUUUUUAGGAGCUGGCAACCGUUCUCGAGCAAAGUUUAUUUCGUCCUCCAAAUUGAAUCCUUCAUGCUGAAGAUGCGGGAUUCUAUUGUGGAUACUUUCCAGCUUCUUAAGACCUCUCAGAACCAUUUACCUGAUGAGUUGAAUCCGGGUUUGCUCGAGCGCUGUUUAGAGAAGAUAAAGCAUCUGAGUUAUGAAGAAAUAUCUUCUGUUAUUGAUGGUGCGUUGAGGGAUCAAAGAGAUGGUGUUGGACCCAGCCCAGAGAUAUUGGUGAAAAUCGGAGAGGAGACUGGGCUGAGGUCAAACCAAGAGAUACUGAUUGAAGCUGUUUCUCUCGAGAAGCAGAAGGAGAUUGCCGAGCAAACUGAAAAGAAUGGAGAAGUCGAGUUUCUUGAUCAACUGAUAUCUGUUGUAAACCGCAUGCACGAGCGCCUUCUUCUGAUCAAACAGACUCAGACAUCUAGCUCUAUCCCGAUUCUUGCUGAUUUCUUUUGCCCUCUGUCCCUUGAAGUGAUGACCGAUCCAGUGAUCGUGUCAUCAGGGCAAACAUAUGAAAGGGCGUUCAUCAAGAAAUGGAUUGAUUUAGGUCUAACAGUUUGUCCAAAGACUCGGCAGACUCUGAAUCACACAACCCUUAUACCCAAUUACACCGUGAAGGCCUUAAUCGUUAACUGGUGUGAGACCAACAAUGUCAGAUUGCCAGAUCCCACUAAAUCAACGAGCUUAAACGAGCUAUCUCCUCUUCUUUCAUGUACAAACUCCAUUCCUAACAUGGAUGCAAAUGUUUUUGCUCGUAUUGGAAGCAACCAGCCAAAUGAUUUGGAUCCAUCUGCAGGGGCGCCUGGUAAGAACUCAUUCUCAACCAGUGUGGUUGAAAGAGAAGGGGCUUCUCCUUCGCAUCUUCCAUCUUCCUUGGAUGCUUCAUUACCGGGUUUAACUGGAAACGGGCAUGGUUUGGAUAUCGGGAGGAUGUCAUUAAAUGAUUUUGAAGACAGAUCUAACAACUCUCGGGAGAUGAAGACAGAUGCCCCUGGCCGAUUUUCUGUGUCAUCAACUAGAAGAGGCUCAGUUGAUGCUGCUGAAAAUGGGCAAGUAUCUGAGCAUCACUAUAGGUCUGCCUCUGCUUCUAGCACUGUUUCCAAUGAAGAGUUUCCAAGAGUGUUAUCGGCAGAUGGGAAUGAGAAUUCAGAAGAGUCGGCUCAUGCUACUCCUUACACCAGUGAUGCUUCGGGAGAAAUGAGACGGGAGCCCCUUACUGCAGCCGCCUCCUCAGCAACUCCUCGUAGAGAUUCCUCUGAAUUCUCGCCGAAACUGAUGGAUAGGCGUACCCGUGGCCAAUCAUUCUGGCGUCGGCCCUCAGAGAGACUUGGUUCCAGGAUUGUAUCGGCACCCUCGAACGAGACAAGGCGGGAUCUUUCUGAGGUGGAAACUCAAGUUAAGAAACUGGUCGAGGAAUUGAAAAGCGGGUCAGUGGAUACCCAGAGGAAAGCGACUGGGGAAAUUAGGUUGCUGGCAAAGCACAACAUGGAUAACCGGAUAGUGAUAGCAAACUGUGGAGCGAUUAGCUUGUUAGUGGAUCUUCUUUACUCGAGUGACUCGGAAACCCAGGAACACGCUGUUACCGCCCUUCUAAACUUGUCCAUCAAUGACAACAACAAAAGGGCAAUUGCUGAUGCCGGUGCAAUCGAGCCACUGAUUCAUGUGCUCCAAACCGGUAGCUCUGAAGCGAAAGAGAAUUCAGCGGCUACCCUAUUCAGCUUAUCGGUAAUAGAAGAGAACAAGAUUAAGAUCGGGAGGUCGGGUGCGAUAGGGCCACUUGUGGAUCUACUUGGAACGGGGACACCACGGGGAAAGAAAGACGCAGCCACUGCAUUGUUCAACCUAUCGAUACACCAUGAGAACAAGGCAAGGAUAGUGCAAGCAGGGGCGGUGAGGCAUCUGAUAGAUCUGAUGGACCCAGCAGGAGGGAUGGUGGAUAAAGCGGUAGCGGUAAUGGCGAAUCUGGCAACGAUACCGGAGGGAAGAAACGGGAUAGGGCAGGAAGGAGGGAUACCGUUGCUGGUGGAGGUGGUCGAGUUGGGAUCGGCCAGAGGGAAGGAGAAUGCAGCAGCGGCUCUUCUUCAACUUUGCACGAACAGUGGUCGGUUCUGCAACAUGGUCCUUCAGGAAGGAGCCAUUCCUCCUCUCGUUGCUCUCUCGCAAUCUGGUACUCCCCGAGCCCGGGAAAAGGCACAGGCACUUCUCAGCUACUUCAGGAAUCAACGCCAUGGCAACGCAGGUCGUGGCUGAUGUUGUUGUUAUGGAGAGUUCCUUCUCUUCUGCAAAUAUUUUCAUUACCAACGUUCUUCUUAUUUAUGCAUUCUUUUUUUUUUUUGUCUUCUGAAUCCCUUAGAGAGAAAUUUGAUUGUGAAUGUGAAUGUGAAUGUGGAAAUGACAAGAACGACUUCAUAGUUGUAGAUUAAAUUGUUUGGACCGUUGAGUUCGUCCACUUGGAACUUUCCCGGUACCUUCAGACCAAUUUACUUGGGAA